AUGGCCAUGAUGGAAGCGAGAAGUCUGGCCUCUCGGAUUGUGAUGCUGGUGCUGCUCCCUGCGACACUGCUUCUCCAAUUCUGCCGGCAGUCCUCGCAUCUUUUCCGACGCCCCAGUUGCCCACGCACACUCAAGCCUGAGGUGACACAGGCCCAGCCAUUUUCCAUAUCGAUCCCAUACUAUGCCUCCGCGACCGAGUUGCCGGCGAGGCUGCCCACGACAAAAGACAUUGAACGAUCUCGAGGGGUCUUGUCAGAGCGCCUCACCGCAAAGGUCGUUACGGUGGGCCCUCAUUUUGUGGUCAAGUAUGGCAAGGGCAUUGACCUUGAAGAAGGGCGAAUGAUGAUGUUUGUGCAAAGCCGGGCCCGAAUGCCAGUCCCCCGCGUUUACGCCAUCUAUCACGAUCGGGGCAAGAACUUCAUCGUCAUGGAACGAGUGAAUGGUCAGACGCUACACGCAUUAUGGCCCAAUCUCACCGCCUCGGAGAAGAAGCUGAUUGCGAACCAGCUCGGGGAAUGUUUGCGUCGAAUGCGUGCCGUUCAAUCACCAAACGGAUUUUGCAGUCUCGACGAUAUCCCGCUGCGCGACGGCCUGUUCUGGAGUGGCCAUGGGGAUCAAUUGCCAGGCCUCGGCGGGCCUUUCGCCACGGAGAUGGAACUCAACAACGCAAUCAUUAAGAAAUGCCAGGCUAUAAAGGCCAUCGAGGGGAAAGCCAGUUUCUAUCAGGAGAGUCUUCCCCUGGUGUUCCGCGAUCACCCUCCGACUCUUACGCACGGCGACCUGCAACCCAAGAAUAUCAUGGUCAGGGCCAAGCCCAAGUCCGGACUGGAGAUUGUCCUUCUGGACUGGGAAUUCGCAGGUUGGUAUCCGAGUUAUUGGGAAUAUUCUCAAGCAAUCAUGGCCUGUGGGUGGUUUGAGGACGAUUGGCACCAUUGGGUAGGCAAAUUCUUAGACCCAUAUCCAAGCGAGUACGCCUGGCUGCUGAUGUUGGAAAAUGAGAUUGGAUGGUAA